UUAAAUCAUAAUAAAAUUAUUUUUGUUACCUCCUUGCUUGAUCAGAGUGCAACUGACGCUUGAAGUAAUGACAGCUGUCAAUUUAAGCGCCUGGUGAUUUCUUGUGACAGACAUAAAGAAUGGUUCGUAUUCUAAAAACAGGAGAAAUUGUGAGUGACAAUGAUCCUCGAGCUCAGCAAGCAAAUGCCAGACCUAGACAGAAUAUUGGCAGAAUACAGCAUGAUCCAGAUGAGAUGGCUCGGCAGUAUGAGGGUGGAGGUGGAGAGGGUGGUGGGCAACAAGCAUCAGUGUUUGAUGGACUUAAUCAGAGACUUGUUGAUUAUGGAUUUCCCCGUUUUAACGUUGGAUCUCACACUGUAGAGCCAAUUGUCACUGUGGGUUUCAUACUUGCAGGGCUAUUGUUAGGAUUACCAGGACUACUUUUGGCAGCUGUUUUAUUUUUUGUCUCCAAAAUGAGCACCACAGGUGGUGGACUUGCUUCAUUCUUUGGUGGAGGAAGGAAGGUCAAGGUGAAUCAAGGCCAAGGUCGCCUCAGGGUGAAGGAAAUAGACUUGGCAGAUCUUGAUGUUGCAGUCUUAUUUUGUGCAAUUUUUAAUCAGACAUUUUUCCAGGGAUAUUCAAAGAUGCAGGACAUCUAUGUGUUCAGCUUUCACAACUUAAUUGCAUUAUUCCAAGAUGCCCUCAAAAACAAAAUAACUGAUUAUGGAAAGUUGUGGUAUAGAAUUGCACAGCCACAUGUCAGUAUGAGGGAGUGUGAUAAGAACUACUUUUAGCGUUGUACAUUAAAUCUGCUGUUACAUUAAUGUAAUCAUAUACAUCACUGAAUAUUUAGAUAAAACAGGGCAUUUAUCUCAAUCUUGAUUUAUUUUCAUUCAUAUUUUGAAAUCCAGCAUCCAUUCAGUCAAUUAAGCUAAAAAGGUCUAGAUCUGAGAUCAGCCUAAGUUAUGUAUGGUGUGUGUGUGUGGGGGGGGAUUGUGUUCACUUUAUAUUUUUAUAUGCCCAUUUUGAGAAAAACACAACACAAUAUGGAAUUGUAUUGUACGUCGGUCAACAUUUUCUGUUUCCUGACAUAGAACAGCUUUACAGGAUCACUUGAAGAUGACUGUUUUUGGUUUUAGGUCCAGUAGGUCAAAGGUCCAGGUCACAGUGACUAAGAGACUGAAAAAGGUUUUUAACUCAAUCAUAAAAUAUAACAGGUGCAACUUUCAAACUUUACAUAAUGACUAAGUACCACUAAAGGAAGAUCCCUAUUAUUAUGGGGGUCAAAACAAAUUGUUUUUUUAAAACCUCAUAGUACAGGUGGUCAAUCACAUUGAAGCAACAUUUUUAUAGCUUUUGUCUCUUUUCGUAUAUACUACUAAAGAUAACUUAUACCCAAGAUUUAUUUAAGGAACAAAAUAAGUAAUUACGUAUAGUUUAGUUAGAUCCCUAUUAGAAAUGAAUAUUUUUUGGUUUUUAUAAAAUUUCAUAAUUACGCCCCCCCCCCCCCCCACACACACACACUCUCCCACUCCUUUAAUAUGAAAGUAUUUAAAAAGCUGAUUAUUUCUUUGCAUUUCAAUAUACUUGUAAAUUAUAGUUUUACAUUUCUGUUUGAUAGACAUCGAGAUAAUUCAACAAUGUGAAUCAAAAGGCAAGUUUUAAACUGUGCAUAGCUUCAGAAUUAACUUAUUUUCAGUCUGUUUUGGUUCAGCAACCAAAUUACACAAAUGGAGGUAAUAAUUAUUUCACAAACUUGCUUUUCUAAUGAAUUUUGGCUAAAUAUACACUUGUUAAUGGAAUUGUUUGACAAAUCUUGUAUACAUAUCAUUCUGUAGGCUAAGAAAGUUUCUCUGUUUUGUUGGGCAACAAGGAUAGGAAAAUAAAAUUUGAAAAAUACCUGCAGUGAAAAUCUUACAUGAAUUAGGCUCGCGGAGAACAUCAAUAAGUGUAGGUGAUCAGAUGAUAAAGUUAGAAAAUAAAUACAUUACUUGACCAAAAUCUGGUUACCCACCUUUAAAGGUUUUUUAUGAAAAAAAAGCACAUCUAAUAGAGAUCUUUCUCAGUGUAUUGGACCCUUUGUCUAAUAGAAUAGUCAGUGGUAUUAAAGCAGCAUGUUAUAACAUCCUUCGUUUUUAGCUUAACUAUUCAAAGAAUAGGUAGAGCUAUUGGACUCACCCAUGCGUUGGCGUCUGCAUCUAUGCUGGCGUUCAGUUUGGUUAAGUUUUUGUAUGUAAGCUGGUAUCUCAGUAACCACGAAUGAGAAUGGAUUGAAACUUCACAAACUUAUUCACUGUGAUAAACUGACUUACAGUGCACAGGUUCCAUAACUCUAUUUUGCUCUUUACAAAAUUAUGCCCCUUUUUCGCCUUAGAAAUUUUUGGUUAAAGUUUUAUAUGUAAGCUGGUAUCUCAGUACCCACUGAUGGGAAUGAAUUGAAGCUUCACAUACUUGUUCACUGUGAUGAUCUGACAUGCAGUGCACAGGUUCCAUAGCUCUACUUUGCAUUUUUACAAAAUUAUGCCCCUUUUUCAACUUAGCAGUUUUUGGUUAAGUUUUUGUAUGUAAGCUGGUAUCUCAGUACCCACUAAUGGGAAUGGAUUGAAACUUCACACACUAGUUCACUGCAAUGAUCUGACAUGCAGUGCACAGGUUCCAUAACUCUACUUUGCAAAAUUAUGCCCCUUCUUUGACUUAGCAGUUUUUGGUUAAGUUCAACAAUUGUCCAUUGUUAUGAGCUGAUAUGUGUUUUACAGGUUCCAUAACCCUGUUUUGCAAUUUUACAAAAUUAUGCCCCUUUUUCGACUUUAAUAUUCAUUCUAUUGACAAGGCUGUUGAAUAGUCGAGCGUUGCUGUCCUCCGACAGCUCUUGUUAUAUUUACUGUCAGAAAGGCCAACUACAUUAUGCUGGAUUGGUAUCAAGAUAAUUAUUGUAUUACCUCCCUUUAGAGUGGAAACAUUAAAAAGCAAUUUAUUUGUCUUCAUUUCAAUAGAAUUUCUUGUUACAUGUACACAUUUUCAUUUUAUAACUAUUGGUAUGAUAGUCUGAUUUUAAAGAAAACUUUGAAAACUUAGAAUAAUUUAUUAAUUUUCUGUCAGUCCUGGUUGCACAACUGAGAUAGAAACGACGGGAUGUGGUGGUAAUUUCAUGAAUUUUUAUUUCUAUUGAAUUGUUGCUAUGUGUAAAGUAAUCAACGCAAAUCAUUUACAAAUGUACUACUAUAAUGUUCCUGUCUCAGUUUACCACCAACACCAUUAUCAUCCAUAAGAGGUUCGUCAAAAUCCCGAGACCAAAUUUGUAGAAAGGUUCAGUACCAAGGCUAGUUUCACAUAUCUUACGUAUUUUCCAGUUGAUUGAUUUUUGAUGGAGUUUUGGCCCCCUAAAGGACAUUUUUAGCUUGACUAUUUAAAGAAUAGUUUGAGCUAUUCUACUCACCAUGAUGUUGGCGUCGGCAUCACACCUUGGUUAUAGUUGUGCAUGCAAGAACAUAUUAUAGCUAUUAUUUAAAGGCAUAUACUUUGAAACUUAUUUUUUUUUCUUUUUCUACGUCUAUAACCAACCUCACUGGAUCAAGGCCCAUAAUUCUGACAUGCACUUUGGCCAAAUUAUGCCCACUUUGGGACGUAGAUCCUGAUUAAAGUUUUACAUGCAAGUUACUAUCUCAAAAACUAAUGCAAAUAUUGAAUUGAAACUUCAUGUUUCUUCGGGUUUAUAAAACUAGGUCAUAGCAUCAAGUCCCAUAACUCUGACAUGUAUUUUGCAAAAUUAUGUCCCCUUUUGAACUUAAAAACUUAUGGUUAAAGUUUUGCAUGCAAAUUACUAUCUUCAGAUUGAAUGCAGAUACUGGAUUGAAACUCUAUAGAUAUUUUAACAUUUUGGGUAAUAUUCCUGCUUCUGGGACAACAAUUCGAAUAGUUGAGCAUUGGCUGUCUUACGGACAGCUCUUGUUUAUAAAGUUUGUCUGGACUACCUCUGCACUACUGACUGAAUUUGAUGAUUUUGGUGGAGUUAUGGGAAUAAAAAAGCUCUAUUUCACUAUGUUUGCACUCUAGCACCAUCAUCUUAUCAUCAAUAAAAUCUUAAAAGAUUUAUAAUAGGUCAGAUUGGAAUAGCAAGUAUGAGCCCUUGAUUGAUUAAAAAAUAAAAAUGUCUUAUUUCACUUUGUUUAUAAUUGAACACCUUUAUUUCUUACCUAAUUAUAGUUGUUUACACAUAUACAAAUAUAUACUUAUGAGAUUUUUUUUCAAAUUUGAAUAUGGGCAAAUCAGAUUAUUAGGUUGAGAGUUAUAAUUUUAUGCCCUUGAAUUAUUAAAAAAAUGUUUAAAGUUUGGUCUAUUUUGUAUUCAUUUUCAAUUGAAUUGAUAUCAUGCUGACAUUUAUAAAGUCACUGUCAUCUCCAAGUACUGGAGUGGUCAUACUAUUGAUUGAUAAAGUCACUGCCAUCUCCAAGUACUGGAGUGGUCAGACCAUUGAUUGAUAAAGUCACUGUCAUCUCCGAGUACUUGAGUGGUCAGACUAUUGAUUGAUAAAAGUCACUGUCAUCUCCGAGUACUUGAGUGGUCAACUGAUUAAGUCACUGUCAUCUCCGAGUACUUGAGUGGUCAUACUAUUGAUUGAUAAAGUCACUGCCAUCUCCAAGUACUGGAGUGGUCAGACCAUUGAUUGAUAAAGUCACUGUCAUCUCCAAGUACUGGAGUGGUCAGACUAUUGAUUGAUAAAAGUCACUGUCAUCUCCGAGUACUUGAGUGGUCAACUGAUAAAGUCACUGUCAUCUCUGAGUACUGGACUGGUCAGUUGAUAAAGUCACUGUCAUCUCUGAGUACUGGAGUGGUCAAUUGAUAAAGUCACUGUCAUCUUUGAGUACUGGAGUGAUCAGACUAUUGAUUGAUAAAAGUCACUGUCAUCUCCGAGUACUGGAGUGGUCAGACUAUUGAUUGAUAAAAGUCACUGUCAUCUCCGAGUACUGGAGUGGUCAGACUAUUGAUUGAUAAAGUCACUGUCAUCUCCGAGUACUGGAGUGGUCAGACUAUUGAUUGAUAAAGUCACUGUCAUCUCCGAGUACUGGAGUGGUCAGACUAUUGAUUGAUAAAAGUCACUGUCAUCUCCGAGUACUGGAGUGGUCAAUUGAUAAAGUCACUGUCAUCUCUGAGUACUGGAGUGGUCAGACUAUUGAUUGAUAAAAGUCACUGUCAUCUCUAAGUACUGGAGUGGUCAGACUAUUGAUUGAUAAAGUCACUGUCAUCUCCGAGUACUGGAGUGGUCAACUGAUAAAGUCACUGUCAUCUCCGAGUACUGGAGUGGUCAAUUGAUAAAGUCACUGUCAUCUCUGAGUAAUGGAGUGGUCAGACUAUUGAUUGAUAAAAGUCACUGUCAUCUCCGAGUACUGGAGUGGUCAACUGAUAAAGUCACUGUCAUCUCUGAGUACUGGACUGGUCAACUGAUAAAGUCACUGUCAUCUCCGAGUCCUGGAGUGGUCAGACUAUUGAUUGAUAAAAGUCACUGUCAUCUCCGAGUACUGGAGUGGUCAACUGAUAAAGUCACUGUCAUCUCUGAGUACUGGACUGGUCAACUGAUAAAGUCACUGUCAUCUCCGAGUCCUGGAGUGGUCAGACUAUUGAUUGAUAAAGUCACUGUCAUCUCCGAGUACUGGAGUGGUCAGACCAUUGAUUGAUGAGUUAUGUUCUCUUGAUUAAGUAAACAUUUAUAGGCAGUUUAGCUCUUGUAUUACUGUACUUUUGUACCAAACUCUGUAUGUGAGUUCAUGUGCCAGUGUACAUAGCUUGAGUUGAGAGAAACCGCAAUAAAGGGCUGCAUGCAGUCAUCUUUCAUUUUUGCUUUUAUUGAUAAGUUAUGAUUUCUUACAAUUUCCUAUUUACUUUUAACUAUCUCCCUUUCUAUUUUCCCCCGAGAAUUAAAAUGUAUCACAAACAUUAAACUGCUUAACAUUUA